GUUGAAUGGUGAUAGGAUGAAAUGAUCAUCCAUCACCUUCACCAUCAACUUAAACCCUUCUCUUCCUCAUCUACCUCACCCAAGAAAAAGCUACUCCAUAUGGGUGCAAAUUUCAGCUUCCCAGAAUGGCAGUCUAUGUCAAGCUUGGUGGCUCUCUUUCUUGUAAUCUUGAUUGGAUUUGGGAUAGGAAACGUUGUUGCAGACGAAGAUGAGGAGUUUUGCAGGACCAAUAUUACCUCAAUCCUUCCUCCUCCCUAUGGAACCAUGAAAAACAUGAUCUGUCAGAAUGUUUGGAAUACCUUCACGAUACGGUACUCCCAGACAAAAGACAAUGUUAUCACAAUUGUAUUAUCAGCUAUAUACACAACUGGAUGGGUAGGAAUGGGAUUUUCCUCCGAUGGAAUGAUGCUUAACUCUAGCUGCAUGGUUGGAUGGAUACCUCCAGGAGGUAGGGGACAAAUCAGGCAGUACCAUGUAGAGGGAUUAAUGCCCUCCGAGAUAAAACACAAUAAAGGUGAAUUGCCAUUGACAAAAACCCCACCCCUUGCUGUGCUUCAUAAUGGCACAAUAUACCUUGCCUUUCAAUUGAAAUAUCCAAGCCCUCUAGGGCUCCAGCCAGUCAUUCUUGCAUAUUCCACUGAUUAUCCCCACCAGGAUCUCCGCCUAACUCACCAUGAUGACAAAACCAGCAUUAUUUUCGACUUCUCUUCGUCUUCUAAGUCUGCUGCGAUGGAGAGUAUUAAAACAGUGAAGAUGAUUCAUGGCGUAGUGGGAAUAUUGGGAUGGGGAUUUUUUCUCCCUUGUGGAGCGAUGGUUGCUCGGUACCUUAAGCAUCACAAUCCAUUGUGGUUUUACCUGCAUAUAUGCUGUCAGGUUACUGGGUUCUUGUUGGGAUUUGUUACUGUGAUUGUUGGACUGCAACUCUAUAACCAGCUGGAUUCUGAUAUCCCAACGCACAAGGGCAUUGGCAUUCUUCUCCUUGUCCUAAGCAUUCUCCAGAUGUUCGCACUUUUCCUACGUCCCCAUAGAGACAGCCAGUACCGAAAGUACUGGAACUGGUAUCAUUCAUGGGUUGGAAGGACUGCUCUCUUCUAUGGAGCUUUGAACAUAGUGUUGGGGAUGUAUUAUGCAGAAUCAGGAAGUGCAUGGAAGACCACUUAUGGAAUUCUUGUUGGUUUCAUCAUGUUGACAUGUAUUGUUUUGGAAGUAUUUGUAGAGCAGAAGAAGUUAAAUGAUCUGCCACCCCCUCCUCCUACUUCCUGAUGAUGUCUCAUCAAUUUAUUUAGAUGAAGUUUACUGAAACAUUAUUAAUUAGUGCUUAUGUAGCCCAGAUGAAUCUAUCUUAACACGAAAUAGUUUUUCAAUUAA